CAUAGUUGCUGCAGAUCGACGUUUGGGGGGUCAAUCCUGCGCCAUCAUCAAAAUGGCAUCGUUCGCAACCUGGCAGGACAAUAUCAUCAUGCUGUCUGACAGCUACAAGGUGAGCCACUAUCGGCAAUAUCCUCCAGGGACCCAAUAUGUGUACAGUUAUUUCGAGAGCCGUGGAUGCGACCGAGAGGGUUGGACUGAAGUUUGCUUCUUCGGCUUACAGUAUUUUCUGAAGCGCUACUUGACUGGCCAAGUCGUGACACGGGAGAAGAUCGACCAAGCUGCCAAGAUGUAUGCUCAGCAUUUCGGUGAUGGGACCAGCGACAAUCCGGACCUUUUCUACCGUGAAGGUUGGGAGUACAUCCUGGAGAAGCACGGAGGACGUCUUCCUGUGAAGAUUAAGGCACUUCCGGAAGGAACCGUGGUUCCAACCAAGACUGUGCUCAUCACGGUGGUGAACACCGACCCAGAGUGCUACUGGUUGACCAACUUUUUGGAGACCCUCCUGGUGCAGGUUUGGUUCCCUAUGACUGUGUGCACCAAUAGCCGAUAUCAGAAGCUUUCCAUCCAGAAGUACUUGGAGGAGACAGGAUGCGAGGAUUGGAAUCCUCCUGGAGGAGCAGCUUUCAAGCUCCACGACUUUGGCUUUCGUGGAGUGUCUUCCGUGGAAUCCGCCGCCAUGGGUGGAUUGGGCCACCUGGUGAAUUUUAUGGGCACCGACACGGUCAUCUCGCUGGUGGCAGCAGAGAAAUUCUACGGUGCCAAGCGAGCGGUGGGCUUUUCGAUCCCGGCCUCAGAGCACUCCACCAUCACCUCCUGGGGAGUGGAUGGUGAACUGGAUGCGAUGCGAAAUAUGCUGGAUCAGUAUCCCACCGGCCUGGUGGCGUGCGUGAGCGACUCCUUCGAUGUCUUCAAAGCAUGCAGGGAAUACUGGGGCGAUGCGUUGAAGGACAAGAUCAAGGGCCGUAUCAGCGAGACCAGCUUUGGACAGUUGGUGGUGCGACCGGACAGUGGCGAUCCUGAGGAAACCUGCGUUGCUAUCAUGAAGAUCCUCCUGGAGCAAUUUGCUGAUGAGGUGACGGAGACAAAGACUGGACACAAACUGCUUCCGCCCUACAUCCGGGUGAUCCAGGGCGAUGGUGUUGACUACCAGUCCAUUCCGAAGAUCCUGCAAAGGUUCAAGGAGGAAAUGAUUGCAGCAGCUAACAUCACCUUCGGCAGUGGUGGAGCUCUUUUGCAGAAAGUCAACCGCGAUACUUUCAAGAUUGCCUUCAAGUGCGCGGAAAUUACUCUCGAGGGUGGAGAGGCUCGAGAAGUCUUCAAGGAUCCGCUUACUGAUGAUGGCAAGGCUUCCAAGAAAGGCCGCCUCACUCUGCAGAAGGCGUCCGACAUUGCUAGCUACUCUCCAGAAGACAUCUACAAGCCACGUGAAGGAGCUGAUGGCGUGAAGGGUGGAACUGGUUUCUUGCACUUCACUCCAGAUGGAAACUAUGUCACCGUGGCCAGUGGAAGGGGUGACCCUGAGAAAGACCUGCUGGUCGAUGUCUUCGAGAAUGGCAAGCUCCUCAAGGACUACAAGUUGUCUGAGAUCAGAAAGCGGGCCGAUGUGGAGAACGGUCCAUUUGUGAACCUCCCAGAGGAACCUGAGGAACCCGAGCCAGCCCCAGUGCCACAGGCUGCUAUCAGGCCAACUUACGUCACAGUGCCCUUCCCAAGUCAGAAGAUCAUGACUACCGCACCUCCUGGAGCUGUACGAAUGAUUCCUAUGAUGAACCGGCCCAGCUUUGUCGCGGCACCGCAGCCAGCUGCAAUGCCCCAGGUGAAUCGUCCAGCAAGCUUUGUGGCUGCUCCUAUGGCUGGAACCCAGCCACAGGCACAGUCCAUGUAUGUGCCGUCUCAAAUCCGACCGGUCUUUCCAAUGCCAGCUCAGAUCUCCCAUCCAAGCUUCGUGGCCCCUGCUCCGGGUCGACCAAGCUUUGUAAAUCCAGGACAACCUAUUCAGGCCCCUGUCUAUUCAAGUCAAGGACUCCAGGCAACAGUGCGACCUGGCGUUGUGAUGACAGCUCCAGGUGCAUCUCAGCCGGCCGUCAUGCCUCAGCGAAGUGCUUCACUGGGCGUUGGCUUCGGCAUGCAGAACGUGGUGCGUGUGGUCCAGGCUCAGGGCUCAUGAUGGCCUCCUGUUUCAGGCCCGUCCCAGGCCAUGGCCAUGGCCGUGCCAUGGCCACCAGCUCCAUCAGCACAGGGGCAGCCAUACUGCCAUAUGAAAAAUACGAGUGUUGGUUCGAGUACCAUCAUGCUUUGCAUAAUCAUCUAUCAUCUAAGCAUAUCAUCCAGGUGCCCUGUGGAUGAAUCCAAAAAGCAGGAUUCAGACGCAAAAGGAACUCAGUUGGUGUGGACGCUGUAUCGAUUUUGAUGCAUUCGAUGCAUUCAGCACCAUUGGCCCAGUGGCGGAGGGUGCCAGCCGCCCCCGCCAGAGCUCUGGCUGCUGAAGCCUAAUGGAUCCUAAUGGUGUUUUCCUGCUCAGUUCCAUAGGGGCAACCACCCAGGGUCGAGCGAGAUGGCAGCAUUCUAAGGCCGAGGUUGAAGAACACAUGU